UGAUAAACGAGCUGGAUGGCCUGGCCAAGGGCCCGGAGAUGGAGCACCGGGCCGCAGGCUAUGCCCGCCAAGUGCAGGAGAGAGCCAGGAAGUCCAUCGAGUUCCUGGAGGAGCGAUUCGAGAGCCGGGACAACUGCUUGAGGGCUCUGACCAGCCGAGGCAACGAGCUGGAGUCCAUCUCCUUCCGCAGCGAAGACACCACCGGCCAGCAGGGAAACAACGAUGACCUGAUUCUGUCCUGCUGCCUCCACUAUUGCAACGACAAGGCCAAGGAUUUCAUGCCCUCCAACAAAGACGAUCCCAUCCAUUUGCUCAGGGAAGUGGUUUUGCUGACGGACGACCGGAACCUGCGAGUCAAAGCGUUGACCCGCAACGUGCCGGUGCGGGACAUCCCCACCUUCCUCAAGUGGGCCCAGGAGGGCUGAGGGAGCCGAGUGGGGCCGACAGCCCCUGAGCGAGUCACGCAGCCUGUUACAGUGGGAGACCGGCUUCAGCGGCAGCCCUCGCCACGCGCCGCCACCGCCUUCCAGCCCACCACGAACAAUAAACGCCACGUCUUCAACCCACCCCAGAAUGGCCAUGCUGUGAAGGGCCCCCCCCCGAGGGCAGACCAGCUGGGAAGGUCAUUGCUGUGGAUGGUUCACGUGGAGGCUGCGCCGUUGAGGGUCCCAUCAGCCUUCGGGCGGUGC